GCAGAGGGCACGGAAGUGUGUGACGUUUUAUCCAGGCGUGAAAUGAGCUUUGGGAGCCCAUGUCUCCGUAGUGAACAGCUGUUGUUUUGAUGUGGCUGAAACUGCGAACGGUCUGAAUGACUUGUGGUGUAGCUGAGGUCCUUCCAUGUGACUGAAUAGAGGUCACAUGUUGCUCUGAAGUCAGGCAAGUCUCCAAGCUGUGCGCAACAAGAUGGGCGACAAAGCAGAAGGGAAGGGCACUCAGGAUACCCAGCUGAAAUCUAACCCCAAAUCACAGGAUGCUGGUCCUUCAUCAGCAAAAGAUGAUGGUC